ACGUUGGUGGAACAGUUUUCACUGCAAAGAUGUCGUCACUUCGAAAAUAUCCCAAUACGCUUCUUGGAUCAAUUACCUUUGAAUCCGAUUGCUACAUCAAUGAGGAUAAAUCAUUCUAUUUUGACAGGAACCCAGAACUUUUUAAUACAAUGUUGGACUAUUACAGAAAUGGUUGUAUUCAUCUUCCAAAACACCUCUGUGGAUGGUUAUGGGAAGCUGAACUGAAAUUUUGGAAAAUACCUCUAACUGAAGUUUCCGAAUGUUGUCAUAAGACAAUGUCAUCAUUUAAGAAAAGGCAAGACAUUUCAAAUGUGUUGCGUGCAGUGUUUUCAACACAGAACCAAUCAGAAUGCACUUCAACCUCGGUCAUUGCAAAAAUUUGUCAAAGACUAUGGCUGUUCCUUGAUGAACCGUCUUCGUCUAUUUGGGCCAGAGUUUUCAGUUUCGUAUAUUUAAGCAUAGUUUUAAUUUCUGCAAGUUUACCGUGCUUGAUAACACAUCCGGGAAUUCGAAUACAACACACAGACACCGAUGCAUUUUUGAAGAAGGCUGAGUUUAUAAACUUGACAUUUUGGAUGAACACAGAUAAUCCAAAAGAGAUGCAUUUGGCAACCAGUGAACAGCCUAAUUGGCUUCAUAGAACGAAUUUAGCUGUAAAUUUCUUCUUUUCAAUGGAGACAGUAUUUCGCUUUCUGGCAUGUCCCGUCAAGAAACGGUUUUUGAAAGAAUGGCUCAAUAUUUUAGAUAUUUACUUGUUUGUUAUUAUGUGGAUACGGUAUGAAGUAAUAGAAAACUAUGAUAAGGACUUGAUAACUAACAUACGUUUGGCUUACUUUCUUUGCUUUUGUGAAGUAGUAUCUGUGUUGCGUCUCUUUAGAUUUUUUCGACUGGCAAAACAAUACAGUAGCCUACGGAUAUUGUUUAUAACAAUAAAAGACAGUGUCAAGGAGCUGUUGUUGCUUCUGAUUACAUUUUUGGUCUUUGGUUGGAUGUUUGCAAACUUGAUAUAUUACACAGAAAUAAGAGAACCAGAUUCGUUCCCAAAUAUGUUAGUCGGGUUUUGGUGGUCAGUUGUAACCAUGACAACUGUCGGUUAUGGAGAUGUUUAUCCUGUUGGUCCACUAGGAAAGGUAGUUGGAGUUUUAUGUAGUUUGUGUGGAUUAUUAGUUCUUGCUAUGCCUAUAGCAAUCAUCGCGGGCAAUUUUAAUAACCUAUGUAGGCAAAAUGAAGAACGAGAGGCUUACGCUACUGUGCAAAUGAGCAGGAAACAGAACAUAUCAAAAACUGCAUGCAAUAUAUCAAGUAUAAACCCAGCUAAUACAUGAUCAAUGGAUUUAGAAAAAAAAACAUAUUAAUAAAUGGCAUACAAAUAUCCAGUUUAGGGUAUUCAAAUAAUGUAACCAUUUGCAAGGUGAAACUUUCGAUGUUCUUUCAUUCUGUGCAUACAUUUGUUAUUAUUGCAUUGUGAAUUAUUUCAAUAGUCUGAAGCAAGACGGAUUAUAUUUCUUAAAAGUAAAAAAGUAAAAGAGCUACCAUUUGAAGUU